UAUACAGAUCAAAAUAAGAAGAUGAAAAACAAGGAAAGACUGCCACUACCCAGACCAGGACCAAGACUUGUUUACAUCGAGGGUCAGCAGGGGUCAGCAGGCGAGGGGGAGGGGCGAGCAGGGAGCAGAACAACGAGCAGAGGUCUCAAGAUGUUUGAUUCUUCUGAUUCCGAUGAUGAGUCCAGCCAGGCGGCCGUCCAGACCCUAAAAGUAGACUGGCUGGACAUGAGCUUCAUGGGCUGCCCCCAGAGUGUGGCUCUCAGUGGCUUGCCGGGCUGCCGCUUCAGAAACAUUCACCAGAACUUGAGCAUGGACCUAAACAAAAUCAUGGACCUGGGUAUCCUGGAGGUGGUGAUCCUAGUGACCAAGGGUGAGCUGCGCAAAUACCGCGUGCCGCACCUGAUGCACGAGUAUGAGGUGCGCGGCAUCACGGUGCACCACGCCCCAGUCCCGGAUGGCCUGGCGCCCUCCAUCGAGAACGUCAUGGCCAUCAUCGACGUGGUGCGCCUGGCCCUGGAGAAGAGGCGAAAGAUUCUGAUACACUGCAUGGGUGGGCUGGGUCGGGCUUGUGUGAUGGCCUCCUGUCUGCUGCAGUACUUUGACAACUCCCUCACGCCAGACCAGACCAUCUUCAUCCUGAGGGAGCUGCGCGGGGCGUGUGCGGUGCAGACGGUCAAGCAAUACAACUUCAUCCAAGAGUUCCGGAGCUACUGCGAGGCCUGGAUGGAUGAAGACGUGGAGCGGUCAGUCUCCCGAUGACAGCCCGACCUGCCACAGCAUUACGUGUUGUAAGGAACAUCCACCACCACCACCACAAGGUUGAAACCCUCACUCAAGGGAACCAGACAACAGACAGAGUAGCUGCAGCCUGAGUCCUAAGUGCUUGUGUUUGCCUCACCAAGGUAUGUUACUGAGGGAGCAGCAGGACCUGUGCUCACCUUGACACCUCUACAAAUACACACACACACACACACACACACACACACACACACACACACACAGGUAGUUAGUGUGUCUGCUGUACCCUGUUAUAAAGACCUUGAUUUUAAUGCUCAAAUCGGACCUUUUUAAUGGACUACGUGCAUGGAUUGAAUGUUUUGUUAUAGGUUAUGCAUCUUGCUCUUACUUAUUAAAGAAAACAAUUACUACAUAACUAAACUAGAUGGAUUUGUUGAUCAGUUGUUUGUGGUGCUAGUGCUUGAGUCAGUACACACAUACACAAACUAGUUAAUAUAAUAAGUUGGUAUAUUUGUGAUAAGUGAAGUAGAUUGAUAAGUUGUUUGUGGCGCCAGUGUUUGUUUGGAGUCAACACACGCACAUACACACAUACAAACUAGUUCAUGUUGAUAUAAGUUCAUCUGUUUGUGAUAAGUUAAGUAGAUUGCUCAUACUUAUUAAAGAACAAAUACUACAUGAUUAAACUAGAAUGAUUUGUCAGUAAGCUGUUUGUGGCGCCAGUGUUUGUUUGGAGUCAUCAACACACACGCACAUACACACACACACAAACUAGUUACCAUUGAUAUAAUAAGUUGAUAUAUUUGUGAUAAGUGAAGUAGUAGAUUCAUUACCUUCCAAAGGAGAGUCUUACCUCACCUCUGUUAUGCACUGUGAAUGUACACUAGUCAGGGCUCAAGGUUACCACAACAUUACAAGGUAUGCUUAUAUGCUUUUUUAUUGUUAUAUUCUACUGUACUUCAUUCUGUUGUAACUUACUGAAAGGUUGUGAGGGGGAAAGAUACAGGUACUGGGACUAACAACAGGAGAAACAACAGUAAUGAUAAUAACAGGUUACAUUGACGUUACAAAAUGUGCUUCUAUGGUUUAUGUAACAGGAUGAUUCUUGUUGUUAUUGUUAUAUUUUAAUUUAGGGAUAGUCACCAUAGCCUUCCUUCUGUUGUAACUUAUUCAGAGGUUGUGAGGGAGAAGAUCCAGACAGAUAUUUGGACAUACAACAGCAAUAACAACACAAGCAACAAUAAUGAUAAUAAUAGCAACAAUAUCAACAAAUAAGUACCAUCAAUUUCUUAUUAUAUAGCCAUCCACUUAAGGACAUACCAAAGACAACAAAACAGUACAGUAUUAAUAACAGCAACAACAACAAAAAUUAGUCAGUUCAUACGUCCAUAUAGGGACACACCAUUCACCCGCAUUCAUCCGCCAAUCUGCCUUACGCUGUCCAACUUCCUGAUGCAAGAAGUAACCAGUGUUUUCAUGCUUUCAUCUCUUUCACUUAUCAACUUUGGAAAAAAUAAUCUUCAUUGAUUGUAUGUUCUCCUCUUCCUCUUACUCAAAUGCUUUCAAGCUGGGAGCACCAAGGUGACUCUCAGUGCAAUAUUAACCUUUGUCUAUAGGCGUUUUCCUUCAUCUCUUUUAUGGGAGUAUUCAUCAGUGUCCUUCCUGAUCCAUCAUUACAUUUAGUCACUGUUCUGAACUCUGAAUCGUACUUGCAUUACCUUCAUGAGUGCUGGACUUGUGCCACUCACCCAGCACACAGUUUGGAAGGAGGUUUUGUGACACAUGAUUUUAUGCACAGAUGUGAAUGAGAAGGAUAUCGUUAUUCUUGACUGUAUCAUUUUAAAUAUUCAUGAGGAUUGGUUGGCCCACAUCUUUUAUGUUGUAAAAGUAGUACAUUUUUAAAUAAUCAUCUACAUUCCAGAGUUUGGACAGCUAUUGCUAUCAGGUUGUAGUUUCCUGCCUUUCCUGACUUUUUUCUUUUAAUUAUAGUUUGAUGGUGUCAUUCCUACUAUUGUGAUGUUCAGACCUGUGGACUACAGGUCAAAGGACUGUGGUCACCACCAAGUGGUCGUUUAAUUAAGGACUCUGAGAGGAAGCUAACUGGACAAGACCCAGGAAAGUAACCUGAGUUAUGUGAUAUUUUUACCCCGCUUCUCCAUCCCCGGCACAGCACGGCAUAGCCAGCUCUGUGUCUGAGGGGCAAGGAAGCCUGUGACUGAUGGUAUGCAUCAAGACUAGACUUUACCUUUUGAUAUACCAUUGAUGUGUUCUGUAUUGUAGGCCAGCAAGGUCUGGCAGCUUCUUGUAUGUGCUUGGUAAGGCUUGGUAGGCACCUUGUAGUCUGUUAUGGGUACACUCUAAUAGUGUACCAACGCUGUAUAAUAAAUGCAACGGCUUCUUUCCUUAAAGGACAGAACUAAUGCAACAUUUGAAAAUAUGACAAUUAUGUGUUGUAGAAAUAAGUUUGUCACACACACACACACACACACACACACACACACACACACACGCAAUACACAUGUAAGUUCAGCAUGUGGUCAGACCACGGUGAAUUACACACACACACACACACACAGAGUAGAGUGUCUGGUAGAGUGGUAGAGUAGAAUGUCUGGCUCACAACCAAAAGGACCGGGGUUCAAUUCCCUGGCCAGGUGAAGAUGAGUUGGGUUCAUCUUCUUUCACGUGUAUCCCCUGUUCACCUAGCAGUGAGUAGGUACGCGACGUAAGGCGAGGAGUUGUGACCUCGUUGUCGCGGUGUGUUGUGUGUGAGUGGUCUCAGCCCUACCCAAAGAUCGGUACUACGAGCUCUGUGCUCUUCCGUAGGGGAACGGCUGGCUGUCUCGAGAGAGACCCGCAGCAGACCAAGAGGUGAAUUACACACACACACACACACACACACACACAAUACACAUGUAAGUUCAGCACGUGGUCAGACCAUGGUGAAUUGCAUACACACACACACACACACACACACACACACACACACACACACACACACACACACACACACCCCUACAUGAAGCACUGCAGGAGUGGUCUGUAGAAUAUUUGUGUGUCAUUCCUUUGUCCUGUCAGUUGUUGCAAAUCAAAGAUGAUUUCAUAGAAUCAAAUAACUUUCUCAAGUCACCCGGGGAAAUCAAGAUUCUCUUCAAAGGAAAAGUCUUAAGUCCAAAAUACUGAUAAAUUUAAACCUCUUAUAGAAAGGAAUAACUUUGAUUGAAGACCAAAUCAUUGAAAAUUCAAAACUCUCACCAAUAGAUAAGCUUUUGUAUGUUGAAAGUUUUUGAAAGUUCAGUUUGAGACCUUUCCUAGUGUGGAGAAUCUGCCAGUUCAGUCCUGACUCUGUGUGUGUGUGGUGAGUUCUGCCCUGCCCUGGUGUCUGGGUGACCCUCAGCCACAUCACACCAGUAAGAGAGAGGCAGCUGACAGAGGGACUUGGAUCUGAGGCGAGGCUCCGCCCUAAGCCCUUGGUCACUGCUCCCAACUCAACCCAUCAUUAUUACAUCAUAUUACAUAAACAAAUUCCCACCCAAAGCAAUGUUAUGAGUCAUGUGAGUGGAGGGAAAGAAGGAGAGUUCACAGCCAGUCAAGAAGUGCUGUUGGGUCUAAUUUUGUGAUGCAUACAUAACAAAAGGGAAGGAUUAUUGAUGAUGAUGUUAAUGUAUAUUAUUAAACUCUCCAGAGCCCUAGUACAUCUAUUUAAAAAGCUCUCGUGGGAGUUGUCGAGGUUCCCAUUGUUAGUUUCAUGACUGGUGGUAGUUUUGCAAGGCUUCCACUCCAUGAACAAGAAAAAUACUCAUAACAACUUGACAAACCUCCUCCCUGGCCUUAUAAGAUAGUCAUAACAAGAACCUGAAGUGCUUGAUAACAUAUACCAGUCCUUGCUUUAUGAUGUAUACAUGACAACAAAGAAUUACUAAUGAUGUUAAUGAUGUACGGGUUGGGUUUCCUCUUUUGAAUACAUCCCAGGACUCAAGUUGAAGACAGCUCAAGCAACCCUGUACAUUCCAAGGUUUCCCACAUGCCCCAAAAGCAGUAAUAAUAAUAGUGAGUCUAGUCCAAAGGUUGAGUGAGUGAUAUUAUUUGUGAAGACUCCCGCUGAUGUGGUUUUGGUGUCGCCUCUGCCAUCCAGUCAGUUAGUCAGUCAGUGUUGGUCUUUUAUGGGAAAUUUAUGAAGCUCUGAGGAACAUAUCUGGACAAGCAACAAGCAGAGAAAAAUUGGAUCUAUGGACUUAUUCUCCUAUAAAAAUACACUUUGUUUCGAUCACUGUUAAAGUUUGGACACAGAAGAAUUGAUCUGUUUUUUUAUAAAGAGAAGAAAAUACCAUCAAAUCUUAUACUAGGAAUGAAGUUAAUGGCCUCUUGAAAGCUACAUAAGUGUUUCUCUGUUGCGUUGCCCCGUCCAGCUGUGUUGCCGGAAGCCUCACCCAGCGUAGUGUUAGGUCAUUUUGUGUCGGUUGGUUGGUCAUAGUGUCAGUGUAGCCGUGCAUGUGUAAGCUUUGUUGUCGGUUUACUUGUAGGGCAGAGUAGUAGUGUCGGGUAAAUGGGUCACUCACUAAACUCGUCUCGUGUUCCUCUCAGUUGAAAUAGUUUUGAGUAUAUUUGCUUUCUUGUGUUCCUUGUAUAUAUUCCUCACGUUUCUGUGGUCUGUGGAGUUUAUGAUUUCCUCUUGUUGAUACACAGGAUGUCUUUAAGGGGGAAGUUCACAGUCAGAAAAUAUUUACACUUUUAUAAUUAUGAAAGCAUAAGCAUAUAUAUACAUCAGAAUCUGUAUUAAUAGUGACCAUAAGCAUACAUAAGAACCUGUAUUAAGGGUGACUUUUCAUACAAGAUCGUUAGAAGUGAAUCUCGUGUGGGAGUUGACCUUCUGCCUAGGGGGAAUAAAAUUGACCUUAGAAAAAUAGUCUUCAAGUAUGAGUUGACCUUCUGUGCUCUAGAAAUAUAAUGGUUCCGAGAUAACUAGGUCGGUAUUAUAAGACACUUUCGCUUCUCACAUCAGCUAUUUCUAAAGGUCAAAGUGGGGGUCAGUCGGGUUCUAAUGAGUGUUUCUUCAGGUUCACGGUACAGAAGAAGGGUCGCAAUACCACCAGGGUCAUAAAACUACUCCUGGAAAUGCCCACAACUCCUACGAAAGCCUUGUCAAAUAUGUGUUCUUGGGCGGCGAAAUGUCUUGUGAUACGACCCCUAGAGCUUUGGUCAGAUUGAUAAUUAUGGUGUUUGGGGAAGUCACUAGAAAAUGGAACUUCAAUAAAAAACUUGUAAUAAAUCUUAGGAGAAAAGGUACAUACAAUAAUGAUAGACGUUUUAAAAGGCAAUGCAUACACUCCAUAGGUCAUUAUUGUUGUGUGUGCUUCCCGUCGGACAUCACUUUACGCUUUGUCUCAGAGAAAUAGCUUUUGUAACAUUUCCUUUCACUCAAGAGCAACAAGCAAAAUAAAUGUGAGUUAUAUUUA